CCGGUGGACCACUGUGUGACGGGAGGUCGGCGCUAGGACCCGGCGGCCAGCGUGCGGUUGGCGGGACGUGGCUGUCCGUCCGUCGGUGGGUCGGUCGGUGUCGGUGCCGGUUGGCGGCCGCUCUCCCCUCACGCUGGCCGGGCGGGCGGCGGCGCCAUGGCGCUGAUGGAGAAGAGGAGCCCGGGCAAGGUGCUGCUGGACGACACGGUGCCGCUGCGCUGCGUGAUCGAGGCCAGCCAGAACCUGCAGUCGCACACGGAAUAUAUCAUUCGUGUACAACGUGGAGUUUCAGCAGAAAAUAGUUGGCAGAUUAUCAGAAGAUACAGUGACUUUGACAUCCUGAAUAGUAAUUUACAGAUCUCAGGCCUGAUCCUACCUCUACCUCCCAAAAAGCUAAUUGGAAAUAUGGAUCGGGAGUUCAUUGCAGAAAGGCAGAGGGGACUUCAGAAUUACCUGAACUUCAUCAUAACACAACACGUGCUAUCCAGCUGUGAGCUGGUUAAAAAAUUCCUCGAUCCUACCAACUACUCUUCCAACUACACUGAAAUCGCCUUGCAGCAGGUAUCAAUGUUCUUCCGAUCUGAGCCCAAUUGGGAAGUGGUAGAACCUCUAAAGGAAAUGGGUUGGAGAUUUAGAAAACGGUAUCUUUUAAUAAAAAGCAAGGACCAGCCCAAGGAGCGUCAAGUACUGAGCUGGGCGGAUCUCGGUCCUGACAUGUUUCUGUGCGAUAAAGACCUUCAGUCAGCAAUGAAACUUUUACCCUCUUGGUCGCACCCGUACAUAUAUCCCGUCACAUUCGCCACGGCUAGUGAAUCCUCUGGACUCGUCAUUCGAAUGUACAAUGACAAAGGAACACUGAGAGAUUAUAUCUGCAAGGCUAAACCAAAAGACUGUUUUAUGAAGAAAUACUGCAGUCCCAAGAAAAGCCAAGGACUUGAUCUUCAGCAGAUCAAAUUGUUUGGGCGACAAAUACUGGAGGUCUUGAAGUUUCUUCACGAAAAAAGAAUUCCAUACGGACAUCUUCACUCCUCCAAUGUGAUGAUUGAUGGUGAUGCAUGUAAAUUAUUGGAUAUAGAAAACUCAUUCCUGGGGUUACCCAGUUAUUAUAGGCCUUAUUAUACGCAGUCCAGGAAAAUAAAUACUACAGAAGCUAUUGAUGUGUAUUGCUUUGGUCACGUUUUAUAUGAGAUGACUUACGGCAAGCCUCCAGAUUCCGUGCCUGUGGACAGCUUCCCCUCUGCAUCUUCCUCGCAUAUAGUGUCUGUGUUGCAGUCCAUCCUGUCUGCAGAGGCCUGGAAAACAAGCAUGCCGACUAUUGCCCAGCUGUUAGAAACUCCGUUGUUUGUGGAUGUGAUGCUUAAUGCGGAGAAGCCCCAGUUUAAGAUACCUAGUAAGCUGAAAGAAGCUUUGAAAGCAGCAAAGGAGUGCAUGGAGAAAAGGCUAACCGAGGAGCAGAAAGCAAUUCACCGGCAUAAAAGACUGGCAAGAGCUCAGUCCCACCAUGGAUCGGAGGAAGAGAAGAAGAAAAGAAAGAUCUUGGCCAGAAAGAAGUCAAAGCAGUCUCUGACUGAGAAUGAAGUCGAUGACUCGGCGAAAAUCAACCACUCAAACAAUGCAAAUUCUGGCUCUGGCGCUAGUUCUCCCUUAACAUCACCUUCUUCGCCAACUCCUCCGUCAACGGCCGUUUCCUCCGUCCCUGCAGCUCCGGCUCUUCCCCCGUCUCACAAGUUGGAGGUGCCGCUGCCGUCAGAGUCCACGCCUCUUGCCAAUGGGACGGGCAGGGGAGCCUUACUCAGCUCCAUUCAAAGCUUUAAGAAGGGGCACCUAAAGCCAGCGACGACACGUGAUCACAACAUGCCCACCAUCAAAUAACACAAGCUGGCAUCCCAACGCCAGGGCUGUGUGGGGCGAGAGUCGAGCUACUGUACGGGACAAUCAUUCCUUUUGAUGAAGCUACAUGCAGUAUGUUGCAGCCAAUGUGUUUCCCUGGGGCACCCUCUGCCCCCUUGUGGUCAUUGCUAUAUUUCUAAACAUCUUCUCAUUAAGCACUUGUAACUGUGGAGCCAGCAAUCUGCAAUAAAUUUACCUUGCGGUAAUACAAAGAUGGCAGCAAUCUAAUUUGCAAUAAUGUAUCUUAAGAAUUUGCUGUAGUUUGACUGUAAUCUAACCUUGAUUUUCUGAAGAAAGUGCACUUUAAAGAUUUGUUUUACUGUAUAAACAAAAGAAACAGCUGUUUCUAUGCAGACAUUUUUCAUAGUAUAUGUACAAAUUUCUUGUAAACAAUGAUUAGAUAUUCAUUUAAUAUUUUAUUAAAAUAAUUAUCUUGGC